UUAUAGGCUGCAAAGCCACCGGAUCGGAGCACCGUCGCCCUGCUCACUUGGCCGCUCGGCAUUAAUCUGGCUGCAGAGUGGAGACGCCAGCCACCGCCGGGGGUGGGGUUAUAAAAGUCAACAGCCUCCGCCCACCACCCCUCUUCUUUGCUAAAGCUACCUCCGCCCGCGGCCCGCCGACCUCACCAGUCACCACCCAAUCCCCACCUCCCACCUUCGCGGCGGCGUUCUAUGGCCUACACCUCCUCCCUCCACCUCCCCAAGCUCUUGCUCCUCCCCAACCCCCGCCGGACCAGGCACAGGCCCUCCUUCGUCCCCGCCGCCGCGGCCAAGGCCAGCGGCGUGAACGGGCACGCGCCGCCCGAGAAGCCGGCGCCCAACGGCAAGGCGCACAUCAACGGCGUGAACGGCAAGAAGGGCGUGAACGGCGUCAACGGCAAGAAGGGCGUGAACGGCCAUGCGGACCGGAUCCACCUCACGGUGAGCACGGGCGGCGGGGGCCAGGACGGCACCGGGCUCCGCGUGGCGUUCCAGGGCGCGCCGGGCGCGUACAGCGAGUUCGCGGCCAAGACGGCGCUGCCAGGGUGCGACACGGUCCCGUGCCGAGCGUUCGCGGACGCGCUGGCGGCCGUGGAGCGCGGGGGCGCCGACCGCGCCAUUCUCCCCGUGGAGUCCACCAUGGAGGGCACCGCGCUGCGGAACUACGACCUGCUGCUGCGGCACGACCUGGUGGUGGCGCAGGAGAUCAACCUCUUCGUGCACUACUGCCUCCUCGCCAUGCCGGGCGUCCGCGCCGCCGAGGUCCGCCGCGUCAUCAGCCACCCGAUGGCGCUCGCGCACUGCGGCCGCGCGCUGGCGCGCCUCGGGGUGGACCGCGAGCCCGUCGAGGACACCGCGGGCGCCGUCGAGAUGCUGCGCUCCAACCGGAUGCUCGACACCGCCGCCAUCGCCAGCCCGCGCGCCGCCGACCUGUACGGCCUCGACGUGCUCGCGCACGGGCUCCAGGACGAGUCCUGGAACGUCACGCGGUUCCUGCUCCUCUCCAGGCCGCCGCCGCCCGUGGCGCUCCCCGUGGACGCCGACGCCAAGACCAGCAUGGUGGUCGCGCACCGGGGCGGCUCCAUGAUGGUGCUGCUCAAGGUGCUCUCCGCCUUCUCCUCCCGCAACAUCAACCUCACCAAGCUGGAGGUCAUCAACAACGACGGCGCCGCCGCCCCCGCCGCCGCCGGUGCGGGUGCCCGCCCGCCGGUGAUGAUCCUGGACACGAGCGCCCGGGGCGCGCCGACGCUGCGCGCGUUCCCGCACGUCCUCUACGUGGACUGCGCGGGCGCCGCCCACGACCCGCGCGUCCGCGAGGCCAUCCAGGAGAUCGAGAAGUUCGCCGUGUUCGUGCGCGUGCUCGGCUGCUACGCCGCCGAUUCCACCGUCUACGACCUGCAAUGAGAAGGAGAGGAAGGCAGGAUCGUGAUGGUGCGAACCAGGACAGUUGGAAUCUAGCAAGUCUGCCGCAAUUUCGCUGCUAUAAUUGGGCGAAGCUAUCAGGUCUACUAGCAUUCAGAAACUAGCUUUAGCGAGAUUAAGUUCCUCUGCUUGCUGCUGCUGCUGCGUAAUUCUUGUACAGAUGCAAUAAGAAUCUUCCUAUUGCUGCUGGAUUAUGUUAGCUGUGUCUUUGUGUGUGGAUAGGUUGAAGCUUGGUGAUGAUGAUGCCAGCUGAAGGGUGUGUUUGUACUAAGAUGUCUUGUUGAUCAUGACCGGAUCGUUUGUAAUCUUGUUGUCUAGAUUUCGGCGCAAGCUUUCAGUUUUGUAUGUCGCAGCUUAGGAUCUCACAAUAUCCAUCUUGCAAUGUUUUCAGCACUGAA